UUAGACAAAAGGGACACUAGCAGAACAAUAGAAAAAACGCUCUAUACCGAAUUAUGUGAGUACAUGUAUUGAUAUUUGUGAAUUACUAAUGAAAUAAUAAAAACAUUAUAGCUAAUAGCUGUAUCAGCGAAAGCGAAUUUGCGAUCUGCUUCAAGACUCGGAAAGAGCCCGUUGUUCUCCGGAACAAAUCUAUUAGAUAAUUCGACAUGGCUUCGUCGAAAGGAAAUACAACGGCAAAGGAAAAUGAAAAACAGGGAAGUUGCGCCAACUGCAAUAGACCCGACUCGUACGAUAACUAUGUACAGUGCGAUCGCUGCCAAGCGUGGUGGCAUUUCUUAUGUGCCGGAGUCAGCGAGUCUAUAGCCGACGAAUCAUUCACAUGUGAUGCUUGUUUACCUGAUAGCCGCUCAUCUCGUACGUCUUCUUCCAGCAGCAGGGUUGCUGCGAUGCAGGUCCGUUUGCAAGAAAUGGAAAAGCAGUGUCAGUUGGCCCGUCAGGAACUAGAGAAAGAACGUCAGAAAUUUGAGGAGGAAAGAAAGCAACUACAGCAACGAAAUGACCAGCCGGAGCAACCGGAGAAACAGCGAACAGCAGAUUGGGUCGAACAGCAUGCAGGAAACGAAAAUAGCGCCGAUGGUCAACAAAAGAACCGGGAAGCUGCUGACACACUCCACGCACGCCCGUUGGGAACACCGCAAUCAAACUCGCAAUCAAUCUCACCUUCGCUCCAGGCGGCAAUCAAUGCAGCGGUACAAGCAGCAGUGCAUACUGCCCUACAAACAACGAUUCCGGCACGGAUUCACCAACAGAAUGCUGAGCCUGUCGCCCGGGUCACAGGGGCGAUUCCUAAGAUAGUGCCGAAAACACUCAGCUCUACAAAAGUAGGAACGAAUGAAGUAGGUAACGGUACGCAAGUAGGUGCACGAAAUCUCUCCCUCCCUACCGAAAUGCCAUCAGGUAAGCCACAGAAACAAUCUAACUACAAUCAAUGGAUCCAAGAUCUAACGAGAAAAUUUGAUAACGUAAAUUUGGGUAAAACUACUAUUCCUUCCGUUGGGUUCUCCCAAAUUAACCCGGGAUUGCCCAAUAGAACCGUUCCAACUUGCGAUUGGAACAAAGCGAGAAAUACUACGUCGCAAUACGACACACCUUUUGGAAAUGACCAAGCUGCUCAUGAUUCAGCUCAUUACGGUCAAGCAAAUAUGUACCCAACAUCUGUCAAUGUCUUGGGAUCCUCGGGUCUCCCCUCUUACGUCCCUUCUCCCUCGCAGUUAGCUGCUCGGCAGGUGAUGCCCCGAGAUUUACCACCAUUCGACGGCGACGCCGCGGAUUGGCCCAUGUUCAUAAGCAGUUUUGUCAACUCAACGCUCGCGUGUGGAUUUACCAGUGCAGAAAAUCUCGCGCGUUUACAACGGUGUUUAAAGGGUGAUGCAUACGAGGCGGUUAGAAGCCGCUUGCUGCUUCCGGAUACUGUUCCACAGGUACUGAACACGCUACAACUAUUGUAUGGGCGGCCCGAGCUAUUAAUUAAUGCAUUAUUGCGUAAGGUACGAUCUGUUCCCGCUCCAAAGGCAGAGAAGCUGGAAACGUUAAUCGAGUUUGGAAUGUCGGUGCAAAGUUUAUGCGAUCAUUUAGAGGCGGCAGGUCAACAUGCACAUCUCUCUAACCCUUCGCUGCUGAUGGAGUUGGUAGAGAAGUUGCCUGCCCAUACAAAGAUGGAGUGGGCGUCUUACUUACAAAAGUGUCCGGAAGUGAAUCUACAAAGCUUUGGUACGUUCAUGUCAUCGAUUGUGGUGUCGGCUAGUAAGGUGACCGCCUAUAGUGGAGGAAGCAAAUCAACAUUGUCAGACCGAGUCAAGGGUAAGCAGAGGGGGUUCAUCAACGCGCAUGAUGUUGACACUGAAGAAAAGUUGCGAGAAGAGCCAGUGUGUUGUGUGUGUGAAGAACAGGGUCAUCGGGUACCGGCGUGUGAAUUGUUUAGAUCUUUUUCGGUAGAGGGACGGUGGAAGUGCGUUCAGUCACAUGGAUUAUGCCGCAUUUGCUUAAAUAGUCAUGGAAGAAGAAGCUGUCGCUAUACUAGACGCUGCGGUGUGGGAGGCUGUGAGUUUCGUCAUCAUACUCUACUUCACUCCAAUCGUAGUAAUAGGCUUUCUUAUAAAGGCACAUCGAAGGAGACUGGUAGUAGUAAUACCCAUAGGCAGACACUGCAUUCGUCACUAUUUCGCAUCGUUCCAGUUACUUUAUACGGACCAAGAACUACUGUAAUGACGUAUGCGUUCCUGGAUGAUGGUUCAUCGUUCACGUUGAUCGAGGAUAGUUUGAUUGCUGAGCUAGGAAUUAGCGGAACAUCGAUGCCUUUGUGUUUGACUUGGACUGCCAAUAUGACGAGAAUGGAAUCCAAUUCGAUGGAGGUACAGAUGACGAUAUCCGGUGGAGGUGACAAGAGACGAAAUAAAAUGGUAGCCCAUACAGUGCGUAACCUGGGACUUGGAAGCCAGAGCUUGCGCUAUGACGAUCUCGCGAAGAAGUUCCCCCAUUUGAGGAAACUACCAGUAGCCAGCUACAAGAAUGCUGUUCCACGUUUGCUGGUUGGAAUCGAUAACUUGAAUCUGUCAGUACCGCUGAACAUGAAGGAAGGCGGAAAACAUGAACCGGUAGCAGUGAAAACCCGUUUGGGUUGGUGUAUUUACGGCGGACAGAAAAGCAACUCGUCAUCAAAUUCAAUUAAUCUACAUACGUGUGCUUGCGUGAGUGAUCGUGAAUUACAUAAUACUGUCAAGGAAUACUUCGCCUUAGAAGAUGUUGGUACAAAAGCGGAGGUAGUGUUGGAAUCGAAUGAAAUCCAGAGGGCGCGGAUGAUUCUUCAGCAGACUACUCAACGAGUGGGAAUUAGAUACGAGACCGGACUCUUAUGGAAAUAUGAUUCCAUUGAAUUUCCUGAUAGUUAUCAUAUGGCGUUGAGGAGACUUGAAUGUCUCGAGCGAAAAAUGGACCGUAAUCCAACCUUGAAGGCAAACAUUCAUCGGCAACUAGAUGAAUACCAAACCAAAGGGUACGCAAAACCAGCGACACAGCAUGAACUGGAGCAGGCUGAUCCCAAACGCGUAUGGUACUUACCUUUGGGAGCAGUGGUAAAUCCAAAAAAACCUACCAAGGUAAGGCUCAUCUGGGACGCAGCUGCUACCGUUGACGGGAUUGCCUUAAAUACUCUACUCCUGAAAGGACCAGAUCAAUUAGCAUCACUCCCAGCAGUAUUGUCGCGCUUCCGUCAGUUCUCGAUAGGAGUCUCAGCAGACUUGAAAGAAAUGUUUCAUCAGAUUGAGAUACGUAGAGAAGACAGACAUUCUCAGCGGUUUCUAUGGCGCACCGAUUCUUCCAAGCAACCCACAGUAUUCCUCAUGAACGUAGCCACAUUUGGAUCAUCUUGCUCGCCAGCUUCCGCACAGUUCGUGAAGAACAAAAACGCAAGCGAGUUUGCCGAUCGAUAUCCUCAAGCGUCCCAAGCAAUCAUACAAAACCACUAUGUAGACGACUAUCUGGAUAGUUUCGAAAACAUCGAUGAAGCAAUACGGGUGUCCCAGGAAGUUAAAAUGAUCCACGGCCAAGGAGGAUUUCUCUUGAGAAACUGGUUGUCUAAUGGAAACCAAGUUCUAGAAGCCAUCGGCGAGAGCAAUGCCGUCGAUACCAAAAAUCUAUUCUUGGAUAAGGCUUCUAUUGGAGAGCGUGUGUUGGGUAUGCUAUGGAAUACGAAAGAUGACAUUCUUUGCUAUGCCACGGAACUAAGGGAUGAUGUGCAGUCUCUGAUAGAUAGCGGCAAUCGGCCCACCAAGCGACAGAUGUUGCGGUUUCUUAUGAGCUUCUUUGACCCGUUAGGUCUACUCAGUGUGGUUUUAGUGCAUGGAAGGAUACUCCUACAAGACGUCUGGCGUGCCGGAACUCAAUGGGAUGAGACGGUCGGAGAUGACAUUUGGGAACGGUGGAGAAGAUGGAUCGACGCGAUGAAAACGAUUAAUCAAGUGCAAAUUUCUAGAUGCUACUUCAAGCAAGCAGCACGGGCCAGCUAUAAGGAAUUGGAACUCCACGUAUUUGUAGAUGCGAGUGAACUGGCUUACUCGGCCGUGGCAUACUUUCGCAUCGUAAACAAGGAUGGAUCAUCUGCCUGUUCCCUAGUAGCAGCCAAGGCCAAGGUUGCUCCGUUGAAACCUCUUUCGAUUCCAAGACUAGAGCUGCAAGCGGCAGUCUUAGGGGCACGACUAAUGCAAUUCAUCAUUGAGAGUCACACGGUAGCUGUAGCCAAACGAUAUCUCUGGAGUGAUUCGUCAACCGUGUUGGCGUGGAUACGAACAGAUCACCGGCGCUACAAACAAUAUGUGGCUUGUAGGAUCGGAGAGCUGCUCACUCUAACCAAUCCCGAAGAAUGGAAAUGGAUUCCUACGAAAAUAAAUCCAGCCGAUGCAGCAACCAAAUGGGGUAAAGGACCUUGCCUCGCCAAGGACAGCGAUUGGUUUGAAGGACCAGAGUUUCUGCGAAAAUCGGAGGAAGAAUGGCCACGUUCUAAAAGUACACCGCUAUCCACAGCAGCAGAAGAAGAAUUGCGUCCCUGUUAUAUGCAUCAGAAAUUAGUCUUGCAAGGAUUAGAAAUAGAUUUUCAACGAUUUUCCAAGCUCGAACGCUUACUGAGAACCGUUGCAUAUGUGCUACGGUUCGUCGAAAAUCUUAAGCUAAAACGUGUUCGCGCCAUAACUACAAAUGGGAUACUUACUAGUGACGAGCUGGUGCUAGCGCAAACAACUUUAAUCAAGUCAGUACAGUGGCAAGCGUAUCCUGAUGAAAUGGCCCUACUGAUGGCCAAUCGUCAGACACCGUUGAAAUCCACAAGCGUUCUACAUUCGCUGAGUCCGUUCAUGGACCAACAAGGCAUCUUGCGUAUUGAUAGCCGGAUUAAAGCUGCUGAUAAAGCGACUUCUGCAAUGAAAUUUCCCGUUAUUCUUCCUUGUGAUCAUAAAUUUACUUUACUGAUAAUCGACAAAUUUCAUCGAAGAUUUCGCCACGCCAAUUUCGAGACGGUUGUGAACGAAAUACGACAGAUCUAUCAUGUAUCACGUUUGAGACCAACCGUAAAAAAAGUAACGAACGACUGUCAGCGAUGCAAAAUCAACAAAGCUAAGCCAUAUAUACCCCGCAUGGCCCCGCUACCACCAGCACGACUUGCUGCAGGUGUUCGUCCAUUCUCCUUCGUUGGACUAGACUUCUUUGGACCGUUUUUAGUGAGAGUUGGUCGAAGUUAUGUGAACAGGUGGAUCGCUCUGUUCACAUGCCUAACAAUCCGUGCAGUCCACGUAGAGCUUGUAUUUAGUUUAAAUACGAAUUCCUGCAUACAAUGCGUGCGACGUUUCAUCUGUAGGCGAGGAAUACCAACUGAAAUCUAUAGUGAUAAUGGCACCAACUUUAGAUGUGCCGCCCGACAACUAAAAGAACAACAAGAAGCGAUUCAAGCCAUAAACAAAGAUCUAGCCGGCACGUUCACCAGCGUUGACACAAAAUGGAAGUUCAUACCCCCUGCCGCUCCGCACAUGGGCGGUGCGUGGGAGCGGAUGGUGCGUUCCGUAAAGACCGCGAUGUUCGCCGCCUAUGACACCAACCGUAAAUUGACCGAUGAAAGCCUUUAUACUUUGAUAACAGAGGCCGAAGCUAUAGUGAACAGCAGACCUCUCACUUACCUACCACUGGAGACAGCGGAAAGCGAAGCACUCACACCGAAGCACUUCUUAUUACCCUUGAGUAGUGUAUGCGAGACCCCAGAACCCGUGGUUGGUGACGAUGCGUUGACAGGGACACAAAAGCAAGCGGCAGCAGCUAUUGAAGCGACAUGGAAUGCAACACAGCAGCAUUUGAACACCUUUUGGAAGCGCUGGAUAACUAAAUAUUUGCCGACAUUGACGAAACGUACGAAGUGGUUUGCAGAGCAGAGAGCGAUUGCAGUUGGAGAGACCUAA